AUGUCGUCGACUCCGUCCACUACUGAGAUCACGGCGGCCGUCGGCACCUUGCAGGCGGCCUUGGACAGCGGAGUCGACCUGGCGAUCCACUUCGGCGGGUGGACCAGGUUGCAGCGACGAGUGCUGGCGGUGGCUUUGGGGGCGUCGGAGGCCGCUUACGCCGAUGCUAAGGCUGCGGCGAAGGCGCCGACGGUGAAGAAGGCGCCGGCCCGGCCACCGGUGGAUGCCGCACCGGCCAAGGCGGUCUCACCGGCCCCGUCUGCGUUGACGCAGCCGGCACCGGAGCCCAUGGGUCAUCUCGAUGCGCCUGCCGGCGGUCAGUCGGCUGUCUUCGGCAAGUCGCCGCCCCCGGCGACAUGGCGCGAAGUCGGAUUCCAGACCAGGGAGCACGCAGAGAUGGCGGCGUCCAUGAACUACGUGUCGGCCCUGGCGUUCUAUGCAGCCAUGGGGCGGGGCGAGCUGCAGGUAGGACCUCAGCCGCGGCCGCCCCCGCCCCGGCAGCCGGCACAGGCAGCGUCGUCCUCCGGCGACCAGACUGGCCCACUGGAUGGCUACCUGGCGGAGGCGGACGCCAAGGCGGCAGAAGACCGGCGAAUGCGCGAGCUCCAAGAGCGCAUCGCCGGCGAGCUCCGGCAGGACGAGGCCGAUCGGGAUGCUGCGUCGGGGUCGGGGUCCAGACCGGCGCAGCCAAGGGCCAGUUUCCCACAGCCGGCAACGACACCGGCGCCGGUCCAGGCGCGCUAUCCGAAUGCCAACCGCGAGACCGGCGAGGGGUUCCCGGCACUUCCCCGCAAGCCGGCUCGCAAUGCAUCUGUGGCGCAGCAGGCGGCGGCCGACAGGGAGUACCGGACGCUCGUCGAGGAGCGGAAGCAGCUCUGCUCGGCGGAGUGGCGCGCCCACAUCCGAGCGAUGGAGACUCCCGGCGCUCACUCCACGGAGACGAUCGUCAACGACGAAUUCCAGCAGCUCGCCGUCGCGAACCUGGCGCAGCUCGAGGACCUGGAGCGGCAGGCGGCUACCGGCGAGGGACAGAUGAUGCCGCUGGCCGGCGGAGCGGCCUACUUCUUUUUGCGCUCCCUGCCGCCCGGCGUCAGAGGGAUGCGCGUCCCUGAGCGCUUGAACGGCGAGGUUUGGGUGGUGGGCUGGUGCGGCCGCCCAUGCCCCGCCGGCCGCAACUGCCUGUCGACCGUCGAGCGCUGCCUGCGGCCCAUCGUGGUGCGUCGUGGAGCCGGCGCUCAGCUCGGCGACUUGGCGGCCCACGAGCACCAUGAGUGCUCGGAGUGCCAUCGGGCCGGCCGGCGUGGUCGAGACUAUUAG